AGAGCCGCUGCUCGGUUGUCUCACACACACACACAAACAACAACAGUGAUGGCAGCUCAGGUGGACGAGUUUACGGUGGAGUCUGUGAGGGAUUAUAUGAUAUCCCGGGGCGGCAGGGUCACCAAUCACGAGCUGGUGAAGCACUUUAAGGUCUACUUAACCAAUCCUUCGUGUAAAGAAAUUGCCAGGAACAAGUUUAAGCAAUAUGUUAACACACUUGCUAAUAUCAGUCAAGAAGGAGGUGAGAAGUAUCUAGUUCUUAAAAGAAAAUACAGAGUUGGCACACCACUUUCUGAAUGUGAAUACCUCAGCCCCGGCAGUUCACCUGCAGGAGUCACCUUCAGCAGUCCCAGCCAGUUCCACAUGUUUAGCUCACCUCAGCAUAGUGCAGCUUACAGCCCUCAGCCUUGUAGCCCCAUGAUGAUUCCUGCACCUCCACUUCCUUCCAGGAUAACUCCUCCAUAUCGUGCUCCUCCUCCUUAUAGACCUCCACCUGUAGCAACACCAACUCAUCAGAUUUAUUCAUCACAGGAGGAUCUGAAAUUUGGUGAUAGAAGAUUUGAUCCCCCACAUUUUAAUGGACGCCAUCAGGGAAAUGGUGAACCAAGAUAUUCAGGGGAGCUGCCUUUGUAUUCACCUGGAGAAUCACGGUACCCUUCUGCAGGGGAGCCGAGGUACCCACCACCACCACAACCAUCGGAACCACUAUUUGGUGAGGUGCGGUACCCCUAUGAUGAGCCAGCUGAUCUGGGGAUUCCUCCUGCACCACAGAUGGUCCGUCCUCCCAGUUCUCUGUCAACUUCAUCAAGCAGCUUGUCAACGUAUGGAGGAUCCUCGGGUGCACAGCCCUCUCCAGUACCAUUUGCAGCUUACAGUACUCCAGCAUUGGUGCCCUUGUCAGCCUCCCGUCCAAAAAGCCUUCCCAUUCACCAAAUGGCAUCCGUUUCUUCUCCCUCGGAAGAUGGCGACUCGAUGUCAAUGUCUGUUACAACGGCAACUAUGUCAUCUGCUUCCACGCCGUCCUCUGAUGAACCCCCACCUCCAGUACCACCCAGGAAAAGACUGGGAGACAACAAGGAAAACCAAAGGCCUUCUCCAGAGGGGGAAGAAGGUGGCAAAAAUGUGGAGGGUGACGCCGGCAGCGAAGAUGGCGGUGGAGACGCUACCGACGUUGGUGGAGAUCCCUGUGAGGAGGAGCGGAAGGUCUCCGUGUCGGUGAGGGAGACCACGCAGAAGUUCAACCGUAUGGCCUCCGAGUCUCAGCUGCUGGUCUCCUCCCGCGCCUCCUCCAAGAGCAACAGGAGCUCCAGGAGCGACAAGGACGACGACGACUCCGUGUCCAUCCACUCGUACGGCGCGGACGGCCAGGAGUGGGUGGUGGCCGCCGCCAAGAGCGACUUCAACGAGAUUCUUCGUCUCCUGAAGAUCCACCCGACGCUCGCCAGAUACAAGGGGUACACACCGCUCCACAUCGCUGCCAUGUUCAACCGCACUGAGGUGUUUGACCUGCUCGUCCACUAUGGUGGGGACCUGAACAUGCGGGACUACUCCGGCAAGAAGCCCCGGACGUACAACACCAUCGCGUCCACCGUCUCCCACGACACCCAGAAGAGGAUCAUCCAGAGAAGAAAUUCAGUAAAAGAGGCAGCUGGGUUUCUGCGUAUCGGGUCCCUGAAUGUAAAAGUGCGGAAGACAACCGAGGCCUUCAACAACUUGCUCUCCCGUGACGUCGAAGCAAAACUACAUCGUGCCUGGGGAUCAAGUGACUCGCUACCCGACGCAGAAAAAGAAUCAAAAUCCAUGCCGCCCCCUAAGUUUGGCCCCAUUAAAAAGAGAAAAACCAAGAAAGACCGAGAUUUUGUACAAGCUCGACCAGUCUCAGCAUAUUCUGCACUCGCUCCUACAUAUGACACCACUCCUCAGGCAUCACUGAUGCCACCCGCAAAUGCUGAUUCUGACUCGGACUCUGCCUAUGGCUUUGGCUCCGAGUGGCAUUAACUAAUUUGCUGGAAGCUUGGGUUUAAGUUCACUGCAGCAUGGACAAUAUGCUGUAAUUGUUUCUGUAAUGAGAAUGGAAAUGUUACAUUAUAUUAACCACACUAUGUUUGACUCAGAAAUGGUAAUGAUAUGCAAGAAGACUGUACACUUUUUAGUACAGUAUAGUAUUGUAAUUUAAUUUUACUGUAUCAUUUUUCAGUGACCAAAACAUUUAAAAUAUUUAGUAUUUUUUUACAUGUACCUUUAAUAUUAGAUUUACAUGUACCUUUAAUAUUAGAUAUGUUGUUAAAAACAUAACUUAUUUGUUACAAAUUUGUUCUAAUGUAUAAUUUUUUAAGCUUUUAGUGCAAUGUAACUGAUAUCAAGACUAUUUAUAAUGUAAAUUUUCACUAAAGUUUCAGUAUUGUACAUACAAGUGGUCACAGACUUCAUCUUCAUUUACAUGGACUCCUGAGCUAGGAAAAUACUCAUGGACAUUCACAUCAUUAUUAUUUACUAUUUUUUUUAUAUGUAUCAUUACUGAAAUAAGGCCUGGUAAUUACCCAGUCAGGUUAUCUCUAUGUAGAUCUGAAUUCUUUGAGAACAUAAUGUCUUACUAAUAAUGUAGAUACCUUAAUUAGGAAAGUUAGUUUAUUUUGACUGCAGCAGAAUUUGUAAUAUUAAAGUUAUUUAGAAGCAAUAAUAAUCCCCCCAACAAUGAACGGGUUACAUUCCAAAAAAUGAGUUUGUAUAGAAUUUGUUUGGUACACGGAAUGAGAUUUCUCAUACACACAAUGCUGUAAAUGUGGAAUGCAUUUCCAGAUCACCAAAUAUCAUCACUAAACCAAUACUUUUGGGACAUAUAAUAUAAAAAACACAACAUAUUAUUUACCUUGAAUAAUCAUGCUAUCCUGCUUGUCAAAGUUGGCUGUUUUUGAGGAGUGAAGAGAUCUAGUUGCUGGAGGAGGUGGCAGGAGGCAGUGAUGCAUGGAUAAUGGGUGGCAGGAGGUGGUGAUGCAUGGGUAGUGGGUGGCAGGAGGCAGUGAUGCAUGGGUAGUGGGUGGCAGGAGGCAGUGAUGCAUGGGUAGUGGGUGGCAGGAGGCAGUGAUGCAUGGGUAGUGGGUGGCAGGAGGUGGUGAUGCAUGGGUAGUGGGUGGCAGGUGGUGGUGAUGCAUGGGUAGUGGGUGGCAGGAGGUGGUGAUGCAUGGGUAGUGGGUGGCAGGAGGUGGUGAUGCAUGGGUAGUGGGUGGCAGGAGGCAGUAAUUCAUGGGUAGUGGGUGGCAGGAGGUGGUGAUGCAUGGGUAGUGGGUGGCAAUAUAUAUCAGCAGCAGAGGGGUGGCGAUGCAUUGGCGAUGGAAGGUGGCUGGUCAUUUUCAGUGUCAUUGGCUGCAUUUUAUAUGGGAGAUGAUGGGUGGGAGGCAAACACUUGUGGGUCAUCAUCAAGUUUCACUAACUGCUAUAGAACUCAAAGAUUUUGAGUCAGACUUUUUCUUGAAGAUUGUUGAGGAAAUUGAUAGUGACUUUUUGAGAGGUUAGGCUGGAGACUUUUUUUGGGAAACACUGUAUUUUCUCAGAAUACUUUGCAUAACUAUCUUUUUCUUUUCCAUGUAAAUUUGCUUGUAGGGUGCAAGGCCAAUAAUAUAAUUAUUAAGAUGUUUAGAUCUCUCUCAGCAUCAUCAUCUUGCUCUUCAAACAUUGCCAAUUUAUCAUCUAUCAACAUAAAUGCCUCUGCUAUUUUCUUGGCUGUGAAUCAUUUUGCUGUGGUUGACUUGAGGUCUCACUAGUCUAUAGGCUGCAGCAAUGAGGUUCUAAGAUGGCAAAAAUACAACUUUGACAUUUUAAUUCAAUUGUCAUUUUAAUUCUAACAUGAGUAAAACUUUAAAAUCAAUCUUCUUUUUAGCACAAUACAAUUUAAUUUCUAGCGCAAAGUGUUCUAAAUACCAGUCCCUAAAAAGGACUCAUGUUACCCAAGCCUUGGCAGAACUUUUCCACACCACUGGCAGAGACAAUUUUUGCACAUUCUUUAAAGCUCUGAGAUUUUCUGAACAGUACACAAGAAGUUUACAAUCAUAAAGAAGGCUAAAGAAAAUCCUUUAUAAGAAGGAUUUCCUACAAGCAUCAAGGGUAAGUGGUGUUUUUCUGCUUUGAAGCUAGGCAUUGUUUUUCUUUCUUGGAAAUGCUCUCUCAGGCACUUUUUUUUUUUCCAAAACAGGCCAGCUUCAUCACUAUUAAACACAUGAGGAGCACUAUAGUUUCCAUCUUUAAUAAUUUUGGCCAAUUUUGGAAUAAAUUUAGCUGCUUCCUUCUCAUCUGCACUAACAGUCUUACCACUCGCAAUUAUGUUGUGUAAAUUUGCCCUACUCUAAUAUCUAUUAAACCACCCACGCCUGCCCACAACUGUUUCAUUACUCAUAGUUGCAUCUAAUUUCUUCUUUAAAUCAUCAAAAAUAUUUAUUGCUCUCUCCUUUAUUAGCAUCAGACUAAUUUGAUUUUGACAACGAUUCUAGUCCUCAAUCCACAAUGUUAAAAUCUUUUUCAUAUCACAAAUUAAAUGUGAUUCCCAGUGUUCUUAAUUUCAGUGGUGUAGAACCCGUCACAUGCUCUAAGAUUUGUGUUUUGUCAUUUAGGAUGGUCUCAAUUGUUGAGUGGUUCACGUUGUAAGUGUUUGCAAUCUGUGUUGGUUUUUCACCCCUUUCAGAGCACUUGAUAAUGUCUAGCUUUGUCUCUGAUAAUGUCUUAGUAGCUUUGUUUUAAGUUAUGGGUCGCCCUUUCCUUAACACUAGUGCAUUACCAACACACUUCCUCUUUCUAUCAGCCAUUGUUAAUGGUAUUUUCCUCAAUAAAGUCUAAAGAAUGCACAACGUGUCUAGUCCUGGGUAUGAGAAAAUUGCUGAAUGAGGCAGCGUGGGGUCUUCACAGAUGCAAGUCACAUUAUACACACUACAGUUCACCAACGUGUUUUAAAAUCUAUCUAACCUAACCCAACAAAGCCUAAUCUUACUCAAACAAAUCUAAUCUAACCCAACUGAGCCUGGCACAGUGUAAUCUAAGCUAAUACUGUAUAUCCUAACUUAAUUAUAUAUUGUAUACACUUUUAGCAAUUGGAAAAUGAUCUAUCGAAGAGUCUUGUGUACAAUUUGCUCACAUCCUCCGGUGUGGUCAAAUUGUAGGGUGUGGGCAGUGACCACACCCCUACAUGGCCCUAGUGGGCCGUGUAGAUGUUUUUGUACAACAGUGCCACUGUAUAGCUGCCACACGGAUGUUUUAAUGUGCUGCUUGUAAUGCUGGGGAUGCUCUGCCAGGUUCGGUUAGUGAUUUCAUGCAUGCAAAAGCUCUUAAGAGGCCGUUCAGAAGAAUGAAUGUUCAUAUAACAGGGACAUCCUGCAGCAACUUUGAUCAAUAUUGCAUGUACAGUACAGUAUUUAUGACAUUAUACUGAGGAAAACAUGAAUUUUAAAUAAUGAGAUUCAUUGAGUCUGAAAUCUAUGACUGUUACUGUCAAAUAAGUAUAUUUCAAUUUUGAUGACUAAAUUUGCAAGUUUUCAUGUACUGUAUCUAUUAUUUAUUUAUUGCUUACAGUACUGUACAUUGUGUUGUAUUCCUUCUAAACAUAAAUAUAUGCUGAACUGUAUAUGGAAUUAAAGGGGACUUCAUUUGCUAUAGAUAAAGCAUUUUGGCAGUCAGUCUUGAUGCAAGAGAUGAGAGUGAAUAAGUUUGAAGCUAUUGGAAAGUUUGAGCACAUGUGAUAACACAUUUUUCAGAUGCAUAAAAAAUUUGGGUGCCAUCUUUGAUCGAAGCAGAGGUAACAAGGUUAUCCUUGAUACAGUAUAGUAAUAGUUACUCUGGCAAAUACUUUAAAAACAGUUGAAUAACAAGUUUAACAUGGCAAAAAUUAAUUUAGCCAUGCUCUCAAUAAUGUUGUACAGGGAGGAAAAAUCAGACCAGCAAAUUCUAUAUUAUAUUGGGGAAGAUGUACCCUUGUUAAAUUUACCUCAGAUGCUCCAUUUAUUGUAUCAAGGAGUCAAUCUCUUUUGUCAAGACCCAAUUACUACAUGGAUGAAUUUUUGUGUAAGCUUGAAUUGGUUUACAUAUAACAGUUUUAAAUAUAAAACUGAAAACUCUUAA